AUGAUAUCCCUGCCAGGUCUCAAUCUCUCCUCGCAGCCUGCCGAGCCACAAAAUGCGCCCUCGUCGGCAGUCACACGGACCCAGGAUCUCGCUGCCAAUACGGAAUAUCGCUUCGAGGUGUCCUUCUCCCGCACGCUGACGGUCAAGUUGCAGUCGGGCACUGCCGAGUUCUUUGGCACGGAGCUUGCGCCUUCGACGACGUACUCGUUCUCGGGCACAAAGGGCGCCAUCUUCACAUGGCAUGGCUGCAAGCUUGACAUUGGCGGCGAAGUCGAGUCCGACUACGUGGCAGAGGAAACGCCCAUGAUGAGCUUUGCAAACUUGCACUUUGCGCUGGAGAACUUGCGCGACAGGAGCAUUGCGAGCGGCAGCGUGGAAAUGGGGCCGAGAGUGCUCGUCGUGGGACCUGAAAACUCGGGCAAGACGUCGCUUGUCAAGACGCUGACGGCGUAUGCAGUCAAGACGAAUAGACAGCCCAUGGUGGUCAAUCUCGACCCGCGCCAGGGCAUGCUCAGCGUGCCGGGCUCCUUUUCGGCCGCAGCCUUCUCGUCGAUAGUAGACAUCGAAGAGGGAUGGGGCAGCAGUCCCAUCUCGGGGCCGAGCCCGAUCCCCGUAAAGAUGCCGCUGGUGUAUCACUACGGGCUGAGAGAUCCGGAAGAAGGCAGGGUGUUCAAGCCGCUGGUGACACGCAUGGCCCUGGCGGUUACAAGUAGACUGGAGGAGGACCAGCUGAGCAAGCAGGCUGGCUUCAUCAUCGAUAGCUCAGGCGCCAUCAGCCAAGGGAAGAAUGGCGUCUACGACAACAUAGAGCAUAUUGUUUCUGAGUUUUCGGUCAACGUGGUCAUCACACUGGGCUCAGAGCGCCUCUACUCGGAUCUCUCGCGCAAGUUCUCAGCGCGCACCAUGACGACGGAUCCCUCGGAAGCCGUCAGCGUGCUGCGGCUCGACAAAUCCGGCGGCUGCGUCGACCGCUCCGAAACCUACAUGCGCGCGCUGCGCCACGCACAGAUCAAGGAGUAUUUCUUCGGCCACGCCGACGAAACGCUGGCCCCCAGCAGCCAGACGGCGGACGCCGCCGACCUACACGUUUUCCGCGUCGUGGCGCCCGACCAUGGAAACAGCAGUAGCGUCAAUGGCGACGACGCCGGAGACGGCCCUGUAGACGACUACGGCGUCCCGAUAUCCGCAUCUUCAAUCUCAAUGCCAACCUCGCUGCAUGCUCCGCUGUUCGAGAAAGCGGUGCUAACGGAUGAGGCCGUGCUGAAUCGGCUGCUGGCCAUUACCACGGCGAGCCCGAAUGAUAGCCAUGCGGUUAUCAGGGAUAGUAGUGUGCGGGGCUAUGUCUAUGUCGCGGAUGUGGAUGAGGCCAAGAAGAAGGUCAAGAUUUUGAGUCCGUUGCCCGGUCAGACGCCGGCGAGUGCGCUGAUUUUGGGGGCGUGGCCUGAGCCGGUUGAGGGCUUGGUCGGGUAG